AUGGCUUUCACAUACAAGACCGUUUUGAUGGUCGGCUGCACCUCGGGCAUUGGACUUGCCCUGGCUGAGCGCAUGAUUGAAAAUGGCGUCUUUGUCAUUGGCACCGGCCGCCGCAAGGAUCGUCUCGACGAAUUCGUGGCCAAGCACGGCGCCGACAAGGUUGCUGCCUCUCAAUUUGACAUUACGAACCUUGACGGGGUCCAGGAUUGGGCCGCCAGCGUCGUCAAGGCACACCCAUCCAUUGACUGUGUCAUCUUGAACUCGGGCGUGCAGAGGACUUUGGACUUUACCAAGCCCGAGAGCAUCGACCUGAGCUCGGUACAAGACGAGCUAAACACAAACUACACGUCGUACAUUGCCAUGGUCAAGGCCUUCCUGCCUCACCUACAAGCGCAGGCCCCCAAGCCCGUCGGCCUCAUGACCGUCACCUCGGGCCUGGCAUUCGUGCCUAUCCCGCGGCCGGCCAACUACUGCGCGACCAAAGCGGCCCUGCACUCCAUCAUGUGGACGCUGCGGGCACAGCUCGCCCACCACGAGGGCAGCAAGCACAUCAAGGUGGUCGAGAUCAUCCCGCCCGCCGUGCAGACGGACCUGCACUCGUCACAGGCCGACCUCGUCGCCCGUGGUGAGGGCCACUUUGGUAUGCCGCUCGACGCCUUUAUCGAUGGGGCAUGGGCCGGCCUGCAGGAGGGCAAGGAUGAGAUCCCCGUAGGCGAGCUGGCCGUCAACAACCACAAGGCUGAUGCUGCCAGAAGAGAUUUGUACGCUGGUAUUAUGAAGAUGAUGGCGAACCCGAAUGCGCCGUUCAGUGUGCGUGGGUUUUAG